CCCGCUGCGGGCUCUGGCCGGGCUUUUGUUUUCCUGCAGCUCCCCGCUGCCCACACGUGAUUGCUGUGUUUUCGCGCAUCGGCGGCGCGGCUGCACCUAUAAAUAGGGAGCGGGCGGGCGGCGGCGGCCCGGGGCACCCCCGUAGCACCCCCAUGCACUCCGGCCGCCCGACGGAACCCAUGCCCCGCCGCCCGCCCGCCUAAAGGGGAGGCAGCGCCAGGCAGCGCCCGGGCAGCCGGGAGGGGAAAAGGCGGCGGGCGGGGGGGGUGGGGGGUGUGAGCCGGCCGACAAUGGCGGCGGCCGCCACGGCCGCCAGCCCCGGCAGUCCCGCCGCCGCUGCCCUGCCGCAGCCGGAGCCCUGCCCCAGGAAGGGGCCGGCGCCGGGCCCGCCGCAGCCGCCGCCGGCGCGCAGCGAUCCGCGGCGCAGGCAGGCCGCGCUCUCCUUCCUCACCAGCAUCUCCCUCGACGGGCGGCCCCUGCCGCCGGGCAACGACGGCCCCGCCGCCAGGCCCCGCCAGGCCCCGCCGCCGCCGCGGCUGGGCAGCCCCCCGGCGGCGCCCGCCGAGCCCCCCCGGGCCCAGGAGGAGGAGGAAGAGGAGGAGGAGGAGGACGCUUUCGCCGCGGUGCAGGUGCCGGCCGCCGCCUUCCUGGGCUCGGCGGCGGCGGGCAGCCGCGGUCGCCUCAACUCCUUCACGGCCGGCGUGCUGCCGGCGGCUUUCGGCCGCACCAGCCCCCAGGGCACCGCCGUGGUCGGCGGAGAGCUGGGGCAGCCCUGCUCCGCCGCCGCCUUCGAGCUGCAGCGGUCCCGGCGCCGGCUGAUCUCCCAGCGCUCUUCCCUGGAGACUCUGGAGGACAUUGAGGAGAAUGCCCCUCUGAGGAGGUGUCGAACACUCUCAGGAUCACCCAGACCAAAGAGCUUCAAGAAGGUUCACUUCAUCAAGAGCAUGCGGCAGCACGACACGCGCGGCGGCAGAAUAGUGCUUAUCAGCAGCAGAAGAUCCUUCUGCAGCAUAUUUUCAGUGCUGCCAUACCGAGACUGUACCCAAGUCGGGGACAUGAAGCUGGAGGGAGGUCGGCAGUGCCACUCUGCUGGGGUGUGCCUGAAGGAGAUGAUUGGCCUGGAAGGUGUGGAGCUUGGAGCAGAUGGGAAGACUGUCUCUUACACCCAGUUCCUGUUCCCCACCAACGCCCUGGGCGCCCGGCGCAACACCAUCGACUCCACCUCCUCCUUCGCCCAGUUCCGCACCGCCAGCCACCGCAGCCUCUCCCUGGCCAGGGCCAGCAGCACCCAGGGCAGCAUCGACGCAGGUAGUGACCUGGGAGACUUUGUUGAGUACGACCCCAACCUUUUAGAUGAUCCCCAGUGGCCAUGUGGCAAACACAAGAGGGUUUUGAUCUUCCCUUCAUACAUGACCACAGUCAUAGACUACGUGAAGCCAUCAGAUCUCAAGAAGGACAUGAAUGAGACCUUUAAGGAGAAGUUCCCUCACAUCAAGCUCACCCUCAGUAAGAUAAGAAGCCUGAAGAGGGAGAUGCGGAAGCUGGCGCAAGAGGAGUGUGGCUUCGAGGAGCCCACGGUGGCCAUGGCCUUUGUCUACUUUGAGAAGCUGGCCCUCAAGGGGAAGCUGAACAAGCAGAACAGAAAGCUUUGUGCUGGAGCCUGUGUCCUCUUAGCAGCCAAAAUUGGCAGUGACCUCAGAAAGCACGAAGUCAAGCAUCUGAUAGAUAAACUGGAAGAGAAGUUCCGGCUGAACAGGAGGGAGCUGAUCGCCUUCGAGUUCCCGGUGCUGGUGGCCUUGGAGUUCGCCCUGCACCUCCCCGAGCACGAGGUGAUGCCACACUACAGACGCCUGGUGCAGAACUCCUAGCACUGGCUGCCCUGCAGGGAAGGGCUCCUGACUGUUCCCACCUGGCUCUCUGCAGCCACCCUUACUACUGGAAAUGCAAAAGCAGCCUCCCCACG